GACCCUCACCGUGAACUGUUGGAGGAGGUGAGACAUAAAGUGGAGGCUCUGGAAGCCAAAUAUAACAAGAAAAUAGAGAAAAUGGGCAUCAAAUCGGCAAAAUUCCUAAAAAGACACGGGGAUCCAGGGGAGGCCAUUGUCCAUGUGGCGGAGAAGGAACAUGCUAAUUUGAUAGUGACCGGAUGUCGUGGUAUGGGCUUGCUCAGGCGCACUUUCAUGGGAAGUGUGAGUGACUACGUCAUGCAUCAUGCAAGUUGCCCUGUCCUGGUGUGCCGGAAGUGAAUUCAAAAUUGUACAUUCCAUGUCCACAACGAAUGGCAAUUUUUAAUGCUCAUAUUGAAAAUAAGCACAACACUAUUAAUCUGCCUCAACAGCAAACUGCUAUUGAUUGUGUGUAUAUUUCAUUUCUUCAUGUGAAUUUAUUCAUUUUACAUUUUUGGUGUUGUCAUUUAUGAAUAUCUGCAAACAAUGAAAGUAAAAACGUUGGAAUAGACAAAUAUAAUUAUAAAUGUUGUGAACAAUCAAAAUUUUAUCUUAUGAUUACAAACCUAGUUGGAGAUCUACAUCUUGAAAAUAUUCCAUUGGAUAAGAAUUUUCAGUAUCCUCAAAGAGGACAACAAUACAUGAAGGAAAAAUCUUGAAAAAAUAUGUAUGUCUUUUUUAAAACUGUUUAAAUUCUUUUAUUUGUAAAAAAUUAAAUAAAUAUUUGAUAAAAGAAAGUGACUAGGUUUUCAUUGCACAAUAUUUUUGCGCAUUUUCGAUAAUGACAGUGUAUUUAAUGUUUUUACA